CCGGGUGUCGGCGUGUGUGUAAACAGUUGUAGCAGUGAGAAGAAAUACACUUUAGUUUCAUGAAUCAUUUAAAUCUCAAGACGAUCUCUGGAAUACAAUUAUCCACGUUUCAACCAAUAACGCAAAGAUGAAGAUCAAAUCCAAGUCUUCGUAUCACAAAUCUGAGAACACCUACAGGUUUCUCACUUUUGCUGAAAGACUUGCCAAUGUCAACAUUGACGUAAUCCAUCGUAUUGACAGGACUGGAUCUUAUGCAGAGGAAGUAGAGACAUAUUUCUCUGAAGGACUGACAAAAUGGAGAGACCUCAACUUGACGGAGCAUUUCACUGCAUUUCAGAAAGAGGUUUCCAACCAGAGCCAGUCAUUCAACCUGUUGGUUUUCCAUCAGAAGACCAUAGUGGAGAGUCUGAAAACACACUUAGCUGUCAAGAACAGUCUGGCCUACCAACCACUGCUGGACCUGGUGGUGCAGCUUGCCAGAGACCUGCAGACUGACUUCUACCCCCACUUUCCCGACUUCUUCGUUCUGAUCACCUCCGUUCUGGAAACCAAGGACACAGAAGUCCUGGAGUGGGCUUUCACCUGUCUCUCUUUCCUCUACAAGUACCUAUGGAGGCUAAUGGUGAAGGACAUGACCAACAUCUACAGUUUAUACAGCACACUGCUAGAGCACAAGAAAGAACACAUCCGCAAAUUUGCAGCAGAGAGCUUCUCCUUUUUGAUGAGAAAGGUUCCAGAUCUCGAUGGCCUGCUGAGUCAUAUUUUCUCAGACCUCCAGCAGCACCCCGACAAGGUGGAGGGAGCAGGGCAACUGCUGUUCGAAAUGUGCAAAGGAGUCCGAAACAUGUUUCACUCCUGCUCUGCAACUGCUUUCCCUGUAGUUUUGCGUAAGCUUGGACCCUCAACCUGCCCAGAAGCCUCUCUGCCAUGGGACACAGUCAGGGACGCUCUGGAUCACAUGGUCCAAGCUGCGGCAAAUCAUGUUGAGAGAGAACACUUCCUGGUCUUGUGGGAGUCCUUACAGGCCAGUGUGGUGGAUGUCCUGGAUGUUAUGGAGGCGAAAGGAGAAAAGGCGGAGCAGGCAACAGAGCAGCUGGAGAGGCUGCUGUUCAUUCUCCAAACGCUUGUGUCCCACAAGAACGGAGCCAAGGUCACCAAGCCGGAGUCUGUCUGCCAGACGGUGUUGCGGUUGGUGCAGAGCUCCUCUCUCUCGGCCUCUUGUUCCCGUCUGCUCCUCCAGAUCACCUCCUCUCUGCUCCUCGGGGAGAACAUCUUUCUGCCCAGAGCACUCAUCCUGGAGACGGUCCAGAAGGUGUUUGGUAGCACAAUGGGGCAAGAUCUAAUCCUGGAGUUCACCAAGGAGAUGUUCACCAUGAAACAGUUUGAACAGCUCUUCCUCCCCAGCAUGCUGCACUUCACCGCUGGGUUGUUGUGCUGCGGCGAUGCUCGCUCUCGCCACUGUGGACUGGACGCGCUGGUCAGUUUGAUCCUUGCAAAAGCCCCUCCCCCCACAGACGGAUCCAUGGCCUUCGAAACAUACCCACUGCUCUUCAAUGGACAGACAGGAGUGUUGAGCGGUGAGGAGCAGCCCACUGUGUCGGAGCUGGUGCUGUCGCUGAUCCAAUUCCCCGAGGAGCAGAAGCAGCCAAUCACUGACCUGUCCCUGCCAUGGGCCGCCCUGAUGCUUCUGCCGCACCUCAGGCCCAUUGCUCCAGCUAGUGUGGUCCCAGCUGUGACUGCUUUCUUAAACCGCCUCCUGUGUGAGAUCGAGACAGAGACGCUGGGGAAAGCUGGUCUGUUUGUAGCCAGUCAGGCCAUGAGCUGCCUCCUGACUCUGGACGGCUCUGCACAGCUUCUCUCCCUGGUCACUGUGGACAAGAUCAACUCCAUCCUACGGAAGUUUCCCAAUGAGCUGUCCGCCCUGCUGCUAGGAGACCUGUACUACACCCGCCUGUCACUCAGCGGCGUUUCAGAGCACCUAUCCCACGGCGCACUGCUGGAGCUCCACCAGAUACUGCACGCCAACCUCUCCUCCAACAUCACCAAGAUCCGCCUGCUCACUCUGAGGAUUCUCUCUCACUUUGAGGCAGAGCUCCCCCCACAGCCCGAGGGUGAGGAGAGUGUGGAGGUGCAGCCAGUGUUCGCGGUGUGCCUGCAGGCGGAGCUGGUGCCGGCUUCGGUGCAGGACUACAGAGAGAAGCUGCUCCACCUCAGGAAGCUCAGACACGACCUGGUGCAGCGCAGCCUGCCUCAGGGGCCGCCUGGCAGCUUCCAGCAGGUGCCUCUGCGUUACCUCAUCGCAAUGCUGUUUGUCAACUUCAAGCCCCUGUGGGACGCAGUCAUUGAACUUCUAGUAAGCCAUGCCAGAGGGAUGGACAACAAGGACUUCUGGAAGGUGUACUAUGAGAACCUGGAGUUGGUGGCAGGGAUUGCUGAAAAAGAACUGCAUGAGGACAGCGAGGACGAUGAGGAGGAAGAGUCGGGUGUCCAGGAGGAGCCAGGCUGUGAUGUCAUUGAGAGCGGGGACGUGGGGGUGCUGUUCCUAGAGCAGCUGAAGUUGACCUCCAAACCCAAUGAAAGGACGGACUUCUCCAACUUCCGCAUCCUGCUGUGGCGCUGCAUGACCGAGUUUCCCGAAAGAGUGGAACCCCGCAGCCGGGAGCUGAGCCCCUUGCUGCUCAGGUUCAUCAGGAAUGAGUUUUUCACCUCCGACCUGCUGGUGGCACCCACCCAGGACCUGAGGAAGGUGGAGGACGCUGCCCUGGAGGAGUCUGGGAUGGCUGUGGAGGAAGAGGAGGAGGACGAGGAGCAGGAGGCAGAGGAGGGAGGCAGACAACAGAAGAAGGCUCCUCCAAAGAGAGCCGCUGCCAAACAGCUGAUCGUGCAUCUGAAGGUGUUCGCCAAAUUCACCAACCCUCGCUCUCUGUACCUGGAGAGCAGCCUCAGUGAUCUCUAUAACCAGUUGCUGUGUCAUCAGGACCAGCAGAUCCAGCGAGUGGCGCUGGAAUGUGUCCUCACAUACAAGGACGCCAACAUAGUACCAUACAAAGAAAAUCUGGAGAAGCUACUCGACGACAAACACUUCAAAGAGGAGAUUGUCCAUUUCAACAUCUCAGAGGAGACAGAAGUGAUUGAUGCUUCACACAGAGCCAAGCUCAUCCCACUGCUCAUGAGGAUCCUAUUCGGUCGCAUGCGUAGUAAAGCAGGCAGUAAGUUCCAGGGGAAGGCGAGCUCCGCCUCCCGCUCCUCCAUCAUCCUGCGUUUCCUGGCUGGCUGCCAAGCGGAGGAGCUGGGAAUAUUCAUCGAUCUGCUGCUGGAGCCCGUCUGCCAUUACAGCCAAGGUUCCUGCCUGGCAGCGGUAGUGAAAGCCAUAGCUGACACUGAUGUGGGUGCCGUCCUGCCUCUGGGCCGACAGCACAGCCUUCUGAACAUCAUCAAUGUUGUGAUCCAGAAACUGGGCCACCUCAUCCACAUCUACCUGCCCAAAGUGCUGCAGAUCCUGCUGUGUGUCACCGCCUCUGUGUCCACCAUCCUGGACAAACGGGAGCAGCUGCGUCCAGGUUGCAUCAGUCCUCUGAAGAACCUGAGGCGACUCGGCAUCCUGAGGAUCCAGGACUUUUUGGACGGCUUCGACUCCUACAGCUUCAGCGCAGACGAGCUGGAUGCCGUCUUUGAGGCUGUGGUCUGGCCUCAGGUGUGUCGUCUCCCUACAGAGAGCACUUACUCCCCCACCCCCCUGCUGAAACUCAUCCAUGUGUGGUGCAAAAAUGCCAGGUACUACCCACUUUUGGCUAAACAGAGGCCGAACCAUCCUGAGUGUGACAUCCUCCUCAACGUCUUCGCCCUCCUCUCAGCCAAAAAAGUUUCCACAAUGAGCAUCGCCAUGGUUAUGGACAUAGCCGAGUCCUUAGCAACCACCGAAGACUUUGUCGCUUCGGAUGCUGAGGCAGAGCUGAAGGUCAACAACUGUGUGUUCCCGCAGCCUAAAGAGGGCGCCUUCAUCACAGCAGACUCUUUAAACCAGGGCUCCAGACUUCUGCUGCCUCACAUCUCCACCCUGCUGCACUACCUCAGCGGAGUGGUACGCAACUCCGACCGACUGAAGAAGAAGAAGUUCAGGACUCAGGUCGCCAAAGAGCUCAACAUCCUCUCCAAGGUCAGUCGAUUUGUCAGCGACAAGGAGCAGAGCUCGGUGCUCAUCGGCCUGUUGCUGCCCUACCUCCAGAAAGGCCACAAUCCUGAAGAGACCGAAAUCGACACCCUGGCCACACUGCAGAACCUGCUGCGGCAGUGUGUGCAGCCCUCCGCCUUCCUGCGGCCGCUCAGCAAGCUCUUCUCCAUCAUCCACAACAAGCUGCCCAGGCAGGCCCUCACGAACGUCUUCCAGACUAUUUCGGAUUUGGAGCCCUCCCUCACGUACAUCACGGAUUUAGCAACAAAGCUUAACGCGUUCGACAGUCGACACUUGGACGAGAUCCACUUCGACGUGCGUCUCAUGGCUUUCCAAGACGCCACCAGGCGAGUAAAAGAAAUGACGACUCUGGACCUGGACUACAUCAGCACCAUCAUGCACAACUGCUUCCACACCUUUGAGAUCGGUGACAUGUCGCUGGGAGACAACGCCAACCUGUGUCUGUCUGCAGUUAUCACGCAGCUGGCGGAGAUCGGCGCUGGAGAACAGCUCUACAAAGACAUCGUGCAACACACCAUCCUGGACGCCGUGCACAAGGGGCUUCGCAGCAAGACAGACAGCGUGCAGCAUGAAUACACCACCGUGCUGGCCUGCCUGGUGAAGACCUUUCCUGCCAAGAAAGACUUCAGAGACCUGGUGCAGCUCACCAACUACCACGACCUGGAGUCCGACUUCUUUGAGCACAUGAAGCACAUCCAGAUCCACCGUCGGGGUCGUGCCCUGAGGAAGUUCGCCAAGCAGCUGACCGAGGGCCAGGUGGUGAUGACGCCACGUUCCCUCCAGAGUUACAUCAUGCCCUACGCCAUGACCGCCCUGCUGGAUGAGAAGAUGCAAAAGCACGAGAACAUGAUAUCAGCGUCGGUGGAGGUGGUGGGCGCAGUGUGCCGCAGGCUGACGUGGUCUAAGUACCUCUACUACCUGAAACACUUCAUCCACAUCCUGCAGACAUCUCAGGCUGAGCAGAAGCUGGCAGUCAGUUUGCUCAUCACAGUCCUGGAUGCUUUUCAUUUUGACCACCAGACCCUCAGCAGAGAAAUGGAGGCUGCCAAGGCCAGAGAGGAUGCGAGUGCCGCAAUGGAGGCCGAUGACGAGGAGCAAGCUGCAGCUGACGAAUCAGACGCAAGCGAUGGUGAGGAAGCUAUGGAGGUUGAGGGUAAGACCGAUCCAUCUGAUGUCCCCAUGGAAACGGACACCAACAUUGGGGAAAAUGGUAUCGUCUCCAAGAAGGUAGCCGCUACUGUAGUCAAGGCGCCAGCGGCUCCUCAACCCAUCGCGGUGUCAAGCGGGCUGCCGCAGAGCACCGAGGAGCUGGAGUCUCUGAUUAGCGCCAUCCACCAGACCGUUACUAACAGCGUGCUGCCCCGCCUGCACAAGUGUCUCAAUGCAAAGAUAAAGCGUGACGACGAGCACAAAGCAGUGAAGUCAAAGGAUGUGAAGGAAGAGGAAGUGGCGAGAAUACCGAUAGCCUUCGCCAUGGUCAAACUGAUGCAGACGCUGCCACCAGCCAUCAUGGAGGCCAACCUGCCUGGAAUCCUGAUCAAAGUGUGUGUGGUGCUGAGGAACCGCUUCCAGGAGGUCCGUGACGUGGCGAGGAGUACUCUGGUGAAGAUCAUAGAGACUUUAGGCUGCCGGUACCUGCAGUACCUGCUCAAAGAGAUGCAGGGGCUCCUGGCCAAGGGCUACCAGGUCCACGUGCUAACAUUCACAGUUUACCAGCUGCUGACAGUCCUCAUUCCAACCCUGAAGAGCGGAGACCUGGACCCCUGCAUGAACAUGCUCAUUGACAUCUUCAACAACGAGCUGUUCGGGCCUGUGGCCGAGGAGAAGGACGUGAAGGGGAUCGUCUCCAAGCUGAUGGAGGCGCGACACAGCAAGAGCAUGGACUCCUACGAGCUGCUGGCUCGCUUCUGCAGCAAAGAGAGCGUCACCAAGUUCAUAUUGCCACUAAAGGAGAUGUUGGAGAACUCAGCCAGUUUGAAGGUGUGUAUCCGGGUGGGGGCCGUGCUGCGGCGGAUGGUCCUGGGUCUGCUGGUCAACGACGGCAUGACGUCUCAGGAUAUCUUACUGCUGUGCCACGGCCUGGUCAGCCAGAGCCUGCCGUUGCUCACCAUGAGAGAACGAGCGAAAGCCUCAGUGAAGCCUCCCCCAGACCCUAGGCUGCCCCCUCCCAGCUGCCUGCUCCUGCUUCCAACUCCAAAGAGGGGAGGGCGGAAAGCUCCAGUCAGCAGCCGGACCAACAUGCACAUCCUGGUGGACACCGGCCUCAAGCUGCUCCACCUGAGUCUAAAGAAAUCCAAAGUGACGUCGUCCGAUCCGUCGGCUCUGCAGAUGCUGGAUCCUUUUGUCCUGCUGCUGCUCGACUGCCUCGACUCCAUGCACGUCAAGGUGAUCACGGAGGCUCUGGUGGCGUUCACCUGGCUGCUGAAAUUCCCUCUCCCAGCUGUGGAGCAGAACGCAGACCAGAUGACCAAGCAGCUCUUCGUCCUGCUGAAGGAUUACUCCAAGGCCGGAGCGGCCCGUGGGGAGAACUACCAGCUGGUGCAGAACUGCUUCAAGGCCAUUACCAUACUGGUGAAGAACGUCAAAAGCAACCAGAUCUCAGAAACACAGCUGCAGGUGCUGCUGGGAUACGCUGAGGAGGACAUCUAUGACCAGUCCCGCCAGGCCACCGCCUUCGGCCUUCUGAAGGCAAUUCUGUCCAGGAAGCUUGUAGUUCCAGAGAUGGAGGACCUGAUGAAGAAAGUGGCCACGCUUUCUGUCACCGGCAACAACGGCGGCAUCAGAAUCCACUGUCGACAGAUCUAUCUAAAAUACCUGCUGGACUACCCCCUGGGGAAGAAGCUGCGAGACCACCUGGACUUCGUGGUGGCGCAGCUGCACUACGAGCACGACACCGGCAGAGAGUCGGUGCUGGAGAUGUUGGCCUACAUCUUCCAGACUUUCCCUAAGGAGCUGCUGCUGAGGCACAGCGGCUUGUUCUUCGCCCCGCUGGCCCUGGUUGUGGUCAACGAUGACUCAGCACGCUGUAAGAAAAUGGCCGCCAUGGCCAUCAAGGCACUGCUGGCCCAGCUGGACAUUAACCACCAGAACACCCUGUACUCUCUCGUCAACACCUGGCUGCAUGCAGAAAAGGCCAACAUGCGGCGUCUCGGCGCUCAGAUCUGCGGUCUGUUCGUGGAGGUGGAGGAGGAGCAGUUCACCCGCCGCUUGGACGACCUGCUGCCGCUGCUGGAGAAAGAGAUAAACCCCAUCAACUACGAUGAGAUCGAGGAGGAGCAGGACGAGAGGGGGGCGGACCGGCUGCUGUACAGUUUCCUCACCCUCAUCACCAAAUUGAGCAAGCACUGCAGCCUGCUGGAGCUCAGCAAGCCUCACGACACACUCGCUCAAAUCUGGGGCCACAUUGAAGCCCACCUGCGGUACCCUCACUGCUGGGUGUGGCUGACCUCUUCGCAGCUCUUUGGUCAGCUGUUUGCAGCCCAUCCGGCGGAGCAGCUGGUGGCUGUGUGGAGGGGAGAGGGUGGGGAUGCUUCACCUCAGUCCCCAGUCACCGCCUACAUCACCAGCGGUCUAGACAAGAAGAUGAGAGAGUUGGCGUUGUCUUUCUGCCAUCAGCUACAGUCCAAGUUCCUAGACACAGCGUCAGGAGAGCAGGUGAUCAAGAACCUGCUGUUCGUCGGCAAGGUGAUCUACCUCAUUUCCCCCGAGUCUGACGUCACACCCCCUCAGGAAGAAGGGGAAGAGAAGGAGAAGGUGGAAGAGAAAGAGGAGGAAAAGGUAGAAGAAAAGGAAAAAGAGGAGGAGGAAGAAGAGAAAGACAAGGAGAGGGAAGAUGAGGAUGAAGAGGAGGACGAUGAAAAGGACGACCGGCCUCCUUCCCUGCUGUGGCUGAUGAAGAAACUGUCGCUGAUGGCAAAGAGAGAGGCGGCACACACUCCCAAAAUUCCUCUGAAGAGAACGUGUGUGUUUAAGUUCCUGGGAGCGAUGGCCAUGGACCUGGGGAAGGAACGACUCGGCCCCUAUCUGAGCACCAUCAUCACUCCUCUGUACAGGGAGCUGGACAGCACCUAUGCAGACCAAGAUCCCACCCUGAAGAACCUGGCGCAGGAGCUGAUAGAGCUGCUGAAGAGACACGUGGGGCUGGAGACGUUCUCUCUGGCCUUCUCUGCUGUCCAGAAGGAGUUUUCACAGAGGAGAGCUGCACGCAAAAAACACAGAGCCAUGCAGGCGGUGGCUAACCCAGAAGUCGCAGCCAAGAAGAAACUCAAGAAGCACAGGAACAAAAUCGAAGCCAAGAAGAGGAAGAUCGAGUUCCUUCGGCCCGGAUAUAAAGCCAAGAGGCAGCGGGGCAACGCGCUAAAAAACCUGGCCAUGGUGCAGUGAGCCGUGUCGGUGGCUACGUCAGUUUAUCAAGCUGCCAAGUUGUCCAAGAAAGAGACUUUUGAGAUGAAGAGGACAUUUCCAGGUAGCAGACGUGUCACUUAAUGAUGUAACAUAAUGAUUUUCACUAUUUUAUUAAUGUCAAACCAACAGGAAAGAGAACACUCUCCCUGGCGGUUUGCUUAGUGUGAAAACAAGGAGGUUUUUGAAAUGUUCACCAUGCGCUGAGCCAUCUCUUCUAUAAGGUAUCCACCAGCCUCCUCUGUGUGUAACAGGAAUAAGACACCAUGUAACAGCAGGACUCUCUGUAUCAGUUCAUAUAAACUCUAUUUGUCCUCAGAUUUAUAUCCCGUGCAAUUUACAUGAACUUGUUUUUUCGUAGUAAAGACAUUUAAACCGA